AUGGCCGACGACGACGACCAGCUCGCCAUCUACGACGAGGUCGAAAUCGAGGACAUGACGUACGACGACGCCCGCCAGCUGUACCACUACCCCUGCCCAUGCGGCGACCGCUUUGAGAUCGCCCUCGCCGACCUGCAGGACGCUGCCGACAUUGCCGUGUGUCCGAGCUGCAGCCUGAUGAUCCGCGUCAUUUUCGAGGUGGAUAACUUGCCCGAGCCUCCUCCGGGCCCGGACGCUGCUGCGGUCACCAAGGCUCCGGUUGCUGCUGCUGCUGCUUAA